AUGAAUUGAAUAAUAAUGAAGAUGAUGGAGAUGACUUAAAAAAAGAAAAACAAGAAAUGCUUUUAAUUAAUUAUAAUAUGUCAUUAGAAGAGCUAAAUAAAUCAAAAGAAAAAGAACUUAAUAGUUUAAAAAUGAAAUAUGGAAUUUUAGCAACAAAUUAA